AUGGGAUGUGAAUCCACCAGAAGCAUGGAGCCCCAGCCGGCUGAGACCAGAGGCGACGGGAGCUGUGACACCGAACUGCCAAGACUGCUGUCCUCCAGCCCGCAAGCGGUCCAGCCGAGCCCCGUCCGGAAAGACGAGGACCAAGAGCCAGGAGGCAGCGACGGGGAGCCAGUUGCGCUGCGGCAAGGGAUGGAGGGAGAUCGGGCCGAGGACGUGCCGGGAAGGCAGGACGUGGCUUACGGUUCCCGGGACGGUUCCUGGCUCUGGCCCUGGUGUUGGCCCUCCCUCUCCUGCUCUCCCAACUGGAGCUGGGAGUCCGAGAUCUUGCAGGUCGGAGCAGAAUUGGAGCAGAGGCUGCGAAACCCGGAGUUUGUGGCCACAUGCUGCGACUUGGACGGCUCCGGACGCUUGGACGUGCACGCGCUGCAGCAGGCGGCGCGGGCCUGCGGUUUGCGCCUUGCGCCCGAGAGGCUUACGGAGCUGAUGCAGUCUCGACAUCUCAUUUCCAAGCAGCGCUUUGCAGAGAUCGUGGCAUCGACUCCCGCUUCGGCUUCGCGGAGGGUGCCCCAUGCGCUGCGUGGCAUGGCUUUGGGCCAGCUGCUGCAGAUAGAGGAGCUCUUCAUCAAGUCCGGAUGGCUUGCUGCCCGGUGCGCCGCCUCGGAAGAGCCCAACUUCUACGCGCUGGACUCCCACGUAAUUUCCCCCAUGUGCAAGCCAGGCAGCUGUGCAGCUCGAAGCCAAGAUCGCCAUGAAGUCGUGCCUCCAGCCCGCAGGCCCAGCUCCUUCUCCGAGCUCCUGAACGACAGCGGUCUGAUGGUGCACUGCUUCCUCUCGCAUGCCUGGGGGCAGCCUUGUAGUGCGACGCUCAGAGCCCUGCGGAUUUGGGCAGAGGCGCGCCACCAAGGCGUUGAGGUCGGCGGGCCGCAGGCCGUGGUCUAUUGGAUCGGCCUCUUCGCGUUGAACCGGCAGGAGGCGGCCGAGGAAGCGGACAAGAGUCCGCUGCACGAGCCCUUCAAUGCAGCCCUGGCCCGUGCGAAAGCGGGUGCUCUUAUGGUGCUCGACGAGCAGAUUCAGCCCUUCGGGAGGAUCUGGUGCCUCUUCGAACUUUGGCGGAUCAAGGAGCUCCAGAGACCCUUUGAGCUGAUCUGCGACCUGGGAACCCCCUCGCUCGACGACUUCGGAGGAGGCCAAGGCCUCUAUCAGGCUGUCAGCAGGCUGCGGCGCGCCUCAGAUGAAGCGCUGUCCGUGUCAGCACGGGAGGCGCUGUCCUCAGCGCCGGAGGACAAGUUCUGCAUCUGGCGGGAGAUCGCCGCUCCAGGACAGUCCUGGACGGACUGCCCCGAUUCCAAGAGCGCGUGCCGGGACGCGGACCCGUUUGGUGAUUUCCACCACAAGGUUCGGGGGCUGCUUUCGACGAGCAUCUUGGACAGGCUUCUGGCGGGCGGCCAGUACGCGGCAGCCAGAAAGGGCUGCCUCCGCGGGGCGUGUCCGAGGGAGGACCAGAUAGAACGGCUCUGCAUGCAAUUGACCAGGGCAGCUCGGAUCCAGUGGUUGACCGACCUACUCCUGCUGACUCUGAAACAAGACAAAGAUGGUUCUACAACCAGAAUGCUGCUGGAUCAUGGGGCGGAUGGAGCAGCUGUAUCUGCCGCUGGUGUCCCCGUGCUCGUCUUUGCUGCUCAAGUCGCUGAGGAUGCUGUGGUGCGAGUGCUGCUGGAUGAUGGUGCCGAUGCAAAGGUUACAAGCAGGAGUGGCGUCACUGCUCUCAUGCGUGCUGCCCACCGCGGCAAUGCAUCCAUGACGAGGCUGUUGAUUGAGCGUGGUGUGGAUACGGCGACUGCCAGCAAGUCUAGCAUGACUGCGCUUAUGGCUGCAGCUCACGGCGGCCACGACUCUGUGGCGAAGCUCUUGCUGGAAGGCAGGGCCAGCGUGUCAGAUGCUGGCGAUGAUGGCAGCACAGCACUUCUGUUUGCCGCCGAAGGUGGCCACUUGUCAGUCGCCAAGCUGCUGUUGGACGCAGGUGCAGACACAGCCGCCGCGACCAACGAUGGAAGCACUGCCCUAAUGGCCGCUGCACGUGGUGGCAACGAGUCUAUGGUGACCAUGCUGCUUGCGCAUGGUGCCCUGAAACAUGCCAACGAUGAUGGUGAGACUGCGCUUCUGCGUGCUGCUCGAGGGGGUCAUGACCGCGUGGCCAAGUUGCUCUUGACCUCGAGAGCCGAUGUCGCAGAUGCGGACAAUGGGGACGUCACGGCUCUGAUGCGCGCGGCCCAGGGUGGUCGGACCUACCUCGUGAAAGAACUGCUAGAGCAUGGCGCAGAUGCCAACGCUGCCUGUAAGAGUGGUGUGACUCCAUUAAUGCAAGCCGCUCAGUUCGGUCACGACUCGACCGUGAAAAUGUUGCUUGAGCAUGGUGCCGAUGGAGCUGCUGAAAGCAAGAAUGGUGCCACGGCACUUUCGGUCGCCGUUCAGAACGGCCACGGGCCAGUAGUGAAAUCCUUAGUGGAGCAUGGUGUUGAUGCAGCAGCUGCCAACAAGAACGGCGUCACUCCACUGAUGCGUGCUGCUGAAGAAGGCCACGAGUCCAUGGCAAAGCUGCUCCUGGAACACGGUGCCGACGCAGCAGCAUCCAGCAAGGAUGGAUGCACAGCUCUCACGUAUGCAGCUCGAAACGGCCGCAAGUCUGUGGUGAUGCUGCUGAUCGAUCACGGUGGUCUACGCCCGGCGUGA